AUGGCACGUGGGGGUGCUUGCGACGCACUUUGUCAAGCAUUCAGAAAAGAAACCAUCGAUAAUGAGGAUAAACUGCGCAUGAAAUGGUUCAUUAAAAAUCGAUCGCGUUUACUGCAAGAUCUGGAACGAGACGAUGAACAUAUCAAAGAAAAACUGAAGAAAUUCAAGCUUGAGAGUGAACGGUGGGCGGCGAAACCGGAGCCAGGAGAAGUCGAAGUAGAAAAUGAAGUGCCAGCAUCGGUAAGAAGUCAUGAAGACAGUGAUUUGACUUUCAUGCGGCCCAUUGAUCCUUCACUACUAGAUAUUCUAUAUGAUAAGAAGGAGGUGAGCCACGAGGCGAGGAAAAAAUACCUGAAAGAGAGAUGCAAAUUAGCUCCAGAGGACAGAUUCCUCUUGAUGGACUGUACAAACUGGUCCUACGGCUGGAAAGUUAAAAAAUUUCAGACUAUUCCGCCCAAGGACUUCAAUCGCAAACCUCUGAUACGAACGAAUUUCUUCAGAAAUAAUUUAUCAAGUAUCAAACACGAUGAUAGGCCAUGUUGCAAGAAAGGUCUCGUAAUGUUUGCAAAGAAUUUCAAAGAGAUCCAAGAGUACUGA